CCUAUCGGACAUAUUUGAUGAAACACAGGAACGAUUAAAGGGAAACAUAUUUGUUUACAUAGAUCCGAAGACGCUGGAAAAGUUUAAAUAUUUUAAGUUUCUCUGACAUCUUUUGGGUUCGAAAUUAGCCAGGGACCUUUUACUAUUUAAUCACUUACAAACAAUGAAAAAACAUUCAAUGGUCUUGUUUAGUUAGCUCUCUGGAGCAGGUUUUCCGCUUGCUACGAGGGUAGCUAGCUAGCUCGAUGUUAGCAACAAUCAAUCGCUUGCUAUACAUUUCACGAUGGACAGCUAUGAAAUUUGACCUCCGAUGUUAUUAACACAUUUAAAGGUUGUUAUUGCAGUUUUACAAAAAUGGAUAUCAGUCUAACAAUUUCCCUAAUGCGGGGCCAGAUGGGUACCGUUAUAGAGAGAGCGGUUAGUGCCGCUGUUGAGACUGUGUUGGGGGAGAUGUUGAGAGUGGUCGGCAUUAAAUUUGACGAGCUGAAGAUGGAGAUGGCAGCUAAAGAGAAAGAGACGGAGAACAUAAGACAGAUGCUGGAGAUAUCCCGAUCUCAGAUGAAGACAAUGCGGAAGCACAUGAACGCUCUGGGUGAGAACGCGCACGCUGCCACUUAUCAGACCUACCACAGGACAGGAUUCGGCCAUUCGGAUCCCUGCAGAGUUCACGGUUCCUCCGGGGCCGCGCUGUCCUCGGGUCUACCAGAGCCGCCGAGAAGGACGGUUCCAAACAACAACCAAAUGCCCACUACAAAUGGAAACUUACAGCCAAGGAAUCGAGUCACCAUCACCCUACCCUCUGAGAAUAUGGUCAGGGCCUCACAACCCUCUGAUACCUUGGUCAGGGCCACCCAACCUUCUGAUAACUUGGUCAGGGCCACCCAACCUUCUGAUACCUUGGUCAGGGCCACCCAACCCUCUGAUAAUAGGGUAACCGUUAGGGCCACAUCAACAUCCUUUGACAGUCACGAUGAUCUGACAACUAUGAUCUCCCAGGCUGUGGAGGACCCAUCAUUGACACCCACUGUCUCUGCAAUGAAUAGUUCAUCAGAGCAUCUGGAACCUUUGAAAGAGGAGCACCCAACCCCCCUAGACCCAGAGGUGUCUGAUGAGAGCCAGAGGAGGGAGGAGGAAGAAGAGUGUGAGGCUGAGUGGACCAUCAGUACACAGCCACCAGAGACCAGCACAGACCCUGGGACCCAGCUGGUCCUCUCCCCACCCAGGACUGACGGAGCAGACUGCUCUGCCGUGACUGCCAGGAGUGUACUGCCACCCUCCCUGUCCCAGUUCCAGGUGAAAGAGGAGGAAGCUGAGGUGGAUAUCAUCUGUAUCAAACAGGAACCAGAGGAGGUGGAAACCCUUCUGAUAAACCUGGCUGCUGAAGGCUUCAACUCUCAUGGCAACCUUUUAGACAGGCAGACUCAGGGAAACGUCCUCCUGGACAGUCACAGGACAAUAGCAGCCUCUGAGAGCCAGAGGGAUAGGAGAGCACCCCGUCCACCGCAGGGCCAGAGGACCUUAGCAGAGCACACACCCUUCACCUCAGCCGACUCUUGUUCAUAUGGGCUGUCCCAGGCAGUGAUGUCCAUGUCGGGAGGAGUUGCUCCCAGGCCGAUGGUGCGACCGUGGCCCAAGGACCUGAGUCUGUACGAGGAGUUUAAAAUGAGACGAACUGAGCUGAGGCGGAGGAGCCAGAACCGUCAGAGGGAGAUGGAGAAGAACCUUCCCCAGCCUCUAUUAGCUGACCUGGUGAAGGAGAGACGGGAGAAGACCCGGCUCAGAGUGGCCCGCUGGAGAGCCAAGAGGAAGCUGCAGGCCUGCCUACUGACCCAGAUGACCCAGCACCAACAGGCUGGACCGGGUCUGGGCCAGGGGAAUAGUCUGAACAGUGGGCUGGGGAAUCCAAGCCAGAAUAGCCACCACACACAGCACAAAACCACAGGCCCCACUCAAACUCAGCAGAGGAACAGUGCUGGCGUCUCUCAAUCUCAGUACAAUAACCGUUUUCUGUACAACAGAACUCACUGUGACUCUGGGCCUGGUAACAUUAACUACACUCCUCUCCAGUUCAACAACUCCUCUCUGAUGCUGGGUCAACAUGGAGGACACGGUAUGGUGGAGCAUGUUAUGGAGCAGCCUGCGAUGACAUCAUCCUCACAGCAGGGCCUCUCCCUGAGAGACUCUGAGCUCUACCAGUAACAAGGGAUCAGGGGUAUUCAAAUCUUACCCUACACAGUUCUGGAUUACUGCUGUUUUUUUGUUCUACCUGAUCAUUAAUUACACCCACCUGGUGUCCCAGGUCUAAAUCACUCCCUGAUUAGAGGGGAAGAAUGGAACAGUGGAACUGGCUUUGAGGUCCACAUUUGAAUUUGAGGGCAGUAGACCAACAUUACAAUACCAGUUCUACUCUACCAGUACCAGUUCUACUCUACCAGUACCAGUUCUACUCUACCAGUACCAGUUCUACUCUACCAGUAAUAAUAGACUUCAGCAGAUAAUGUGUUUUGUAGAGUCACUCCUAUUGUAUGGCACCCUAUUCCCUAUGUAGCGCACUACUUUUGACAAAGGUCUUUAUGGCUCUGGUCAAAAGUAGUGUACUCUAUAGAGAAUAGGGUGCCAUUUUCAGACAUAGCCUAUGCCUUCUGAUGCAGCGCCAAUAACAUGAGAUAUUUCAAGGGGAAUUGUGUCAAUGAAAAAUGAUCCAAUUGUCUGUGACAAAUUCAUAAAAAAAUGGUUUUUAUUUUAGGAUAACAGCCUAAUAAUUAAUGAUAAUUGAAUUGCUUAAAAACAUUUCCCGCAAAUGUUUUGGUGUACAACAAAAGUAUUUAUUAAAAUACAUUAUUUAUGUUAAAUUGAAUAAUGACCAUCCCAACAAAUAUGGAGGACAUAUCACUGUCCUUGAAAAGCUGCAAGGAUCAUUAUGCAUAAUUGUUCCAGGUCAAGCUAAUUUCUUUGGCAAACUUCAUUGGUCAAUAUUGUCCAAUCAGCUGUUAUUUAUACCUUUUACUUCUCUGCAACUGGAUUUAAAUAAUGCUAAAAUACUUAUAAGCGCUAUUCAGAUAUAGGCCUAUUCAAUGAUAUGUUAGGAAACCAUCCAAUACAUUAUUAUGAAUCACUUUUGAGUUAGGCCCAGUCUUUGGUCAGACUGAUUUCUCUUGCUUCAUUCCUCCCUACUUGAUAGUUACAUUAGCAGUGUGCAGGUCAACAGCUGUUUCCAUUAACCUGUCCACUGAUUUAUGUUUUGUCAACAUUUAGAAAGUUUGCAUAGAAAAUAGAUGGGACAAUUUCCUGCUACUGAGCGUUUCCAUUGUCGAUAAAAACAGCUGGACGGAAUUAUGUCACACCUAUAAAAAAACAAACAAAAAAAACACUGAAAAUGAAGUGGUUGAAGUGUUACCAUUAUCCAUUUAGGUAAAUUGGAAAUUAAUAAAUUGGCGACAGCCUGUAUUCCCUCCCA